UUCUGUUGUGAAAACUGCAAAGAGACAGGUUUUGAUAGUGAAAUCUUAACUCAAAGUUGAACAUUUAACACGCCAACGACGAAGAACAGCAAAAAUACUAACAAUGGAGCUUGGACCAGAUGUGCUAGAUGAGCCAGCAUGUGGGGGCUGCCAAAGUCUUGUCUUAGAACCGUAUAUCCAGUGUGAGACUUGUAGUAAGGCAGCCGGUAAAACCUUUGUCUGCCUUCACUGCUUCGCUAAGGGUGUGGAGUUUGAUGGGCAUCACAGUGAUCAUCCAUACUCACUUGUGAAAAACAAUUUCCCAGUGUUUGAGCGUAACUGGACAGCGUUAGAAGAAUUGCAGCUUCUCAAGGCCGUCUCCGACUGUGGUUAUGGAAACUGGUCAGAUAUUGCCCACAAAGUUCGCACUAAGAACCCAGUCGAAUGUGAGCGGCAUUACAAUCACAGUUACAUUGAGAACCCAAAGGAAGAUAUGCCAGGCUUCUCAGAGGCUGAGUUAAACCUUUUCCCAAAGCCUGUGAUCUACAAAUUAUGUGAGGAUCCCCCACGGCCAGGAGAGGGGUCGCUCCUGGCAACAGAGAUGGCGGGGUACAUGGCUGGGCGGGGGGACUUCAUGGUUGAGCAUGAGAACUACAUGGAGAUGGACCUGCGGGGUCUCCAGUUUGACCAGCCAGACGAGGAAGACGCCCUUGAAACUGAACUCAAGCUUACGGUUGUGGAUGUGUACAUGAGAUGUUUGAAGGAGAGACAGAGGAGAAAAAGAAUUGUGAGAAGACAUGGACUCAUAAAUCUCAGAAAGAAUGCCAGGUUUCGAGCGCGAUGUGACAUGCAGAUGUGCCAUUGCUUAGACAGUCUGCGUGUAUUUACCCAGCUUGUGGCCCCAGGAGAUCUCGAUAUCUACCUUGAGGCGCUUCAAUAUGAGCAUGAAUUGAAGCAGGAGAUAUCAAAGCUGCAGGAGUAUCGACGAAAUCGACUCACCAAGCUGCGACACAUUCCCGUCUACAAGGCACUCAGCAAGUCCCGGGAUAGGCAACGUGAGGGCCACCACCUUCUUGAUGAUGUUCUCACUCAUGUAAAGGAUGAGGCUGCAUGUCAGACGUGGCUCCAGCGACAGGCCACCUUCGACAGCCUUAACAAGGGAGUGGCCACAAACCUACCUAACCCAGUAAGGAAAACAGCACCACCUUUGGAAAUUGUAGAACUUCCUGGAUUUGACCAAUUGACCAGUCAAGAAAAAGAGCUGUGUUCUCAUCUUCGACUGGUUCCAGCUGCCUACCUUGACUUUAAGGCCACUCUUGUGUCCGAGGCCAGUAAAAACGGCACUUUACGGCUUGCACAGGCACGCCAGCUUAUCAAAAUUGACGUCAACAAAACUAGAAAGAUAUUUGACUUUCUCGUUACAGAGGAUUAUAUCAAGAAAGAAUAGAACUGUUAUUCAUUGUUUUGUGAACACAAUAAAUAAAGAUUUAUAAAAACUUGCACAGUUUUUUUAACAAUAGUUCAAUGAACGCUAGCAAAAUAUUGUACUACCAUGAUCAUAUUGUAAUAAAAUUAUUGCUGCCUUUUUUAUCAUUGUUUGCAAGUUCAUUGGAUGUAAGAAAAGGCCAAUAUAUAUAUUGUAGAUUUUAAUAUGUCAACCCCUUUCAAAAGUGGCAUAACUGUAGUGUCACAAAGGUGAUAAUUCAUCAAACUUGACCUGGACAUUGUGACUGUUACCAUGGUUAAAUAACACAUUUUAAUAAGUUUCAUCAUGAUUGGAGAAUACUGAAAUGUAAGAGGCAUAACUCUGGUGAUAUUAAAGCAGUUUUAGAAUGGUUUGACCCAGGACACAGAUAGGUUGUAUUGGGCUAGUAGAUGACCUACUGACUUUGGUCAAAGUCGCAGCCAAAAUUGAAAUCUUUUUCUACAUGAUAGCUUGAGAGCAGUUCACUUAAAACCAUGAUACUUCAUGUAUAGGUUGUUGGAUCUAGACCAAAAAAUGACCCUUAUCAGUUUUGGAGUCAGUAGGUCAAAGGUCAAUGUCAUUGAUAAUGCCUUUCUUUUUAAACACUUUGCAGUCCAGCAUUUAUUUCUGACAAAGCAGCACACAUGGGCAUGUUGACAAAAUCAUUAAAUGUGAAACAUCUCUCAUUUAAUGUUAAAGGGAUAUAACUCUUAAGUCACUAUGGCAUUUCAUUUGACAAUCAAUCUUUACCUGGAGGUAGUGACCAUUAACACUCUCACCAAAUUUCAUCAUGUUUGGAUAAUUAUUAGUACCGGGUAUGUCUUAAAUUACUGCACAAUAUUUAUUUUAUGAACUGACGCUACCACCAACACUUCCACUAGAGAU